CGUAGUAGUGCCACAGAAUAUAUGAAAUUAUAUUAUUUCAUAUUAUAUUCUGUUGUAGUGCCUACAAUUAUUAGUCAGUGUCAUGUAUAUUGCAUAAUAUACCAGUUAUAAUAUAGGGGAAACAGACUAACAAAACGCAGUCUGGUGGAAAAAAUUUGUACCUUCCAAUUCGGGAUGUAUAGAUGUAGUUUUAUAUUGGUUAUUUUACUUUUUAUAAUAAAUGAAUUCUGGUAUCGAAACUUUAUACGCUUUUAUAGCUAACUGUAUACGUUGAUUAACGGCGAUUGGUCAUUGAACGUUCAACAAGUAUACCCCGGUGAUGGACGGAGAUACUGUCGACGUCAAACUUGAAGUCGACGACGACCAGGGAUCGGUUACGAAUUUUGUGUCUACAAAUAUCAUCAGUCAUGAUUCUGUCGUGACUUGUGGUAAUUGCGAAAAACAAAUGUUAUAUCAGGAGUAUGAUUCUAAACACCGUCAGAUUCAUUAUGGCCUCUGUUGGAUUGUAGGCGUAGAAGAUGAAAUUGAUUUCACUGAUACAUCUACAAUUCAAGCAAUAUUAAAGAAAACUAUUAACAAAUCUAAAGCUAAGUUAAAAUUUAUAUGUGAAUGGUGCAAUGCUGUUAAAAAGUCUAUUUCUGGGUUUGCCAAUCAUCUGAAAAAAUGUAAACAAAAUUCAGUGUUGAGUGUAAAUAUUGAAGUUCUGAACGAGUCUGAUGUUAAUCUUAGUACAUCAACUAUUACUCAUGAUAAUAACACUAUGGUGUCAUGUGGUCGUUGCGGAGAAAGUAUGAUAUAUAAGGAAUACAAAAAUAAACAUAUCCAUACUCACUAUAAUUUAUGUUGGUUAGAAGGAGAAGAAAAAUUAGAUUAUUUAAAUGAGAACAGAAUGGUUGUUUUACUCCGUGAAAUUUUACCAAACAAUACUGUUAAAAAAAAAUUUAUAUGUGAAUGGUGUAAAGAUUUGAAAAAAACUGUGUUUGGCUUUGCCUCUCAUGUGAAAAAAUGUGCCAUAGAACAAAAGCUUGUACUUCCAAAUCCUAAUGAGACUGAUUUGCCCCAGCCUACAGAGGAAGAAAUCAGUAAAAAUAAUUCAAUGGUAACUUGUGGUCGUUGUAAUAAAAGUAUGAAGUUCAAGGAGUAUGAAGAUUCACAUAGUGCAACACAUUACAAUUUGUGUUGGAAAAUUGGUGAUGAAAAACUAGAUUUUGAUGAUGAGAAUGCGAUACAAUAUUUAUUACGACAACAUUUACCAAAAUAUGCUGCACGCCAAAAACUAGUUAAAUUUGUUUGUGAAUGGUGUCAGAAUGAAAAAAAAAGUAUAGUUGGUUUUGCUAGCCAUGUAAAACGAUGUGAAUUUAGACCAGAUAAAGUGGGACUGCACAAUAAAAUAGAAAAUGGAUUAGAUAUAACUAAAAAAUCUGGUAUAAAAAUUAUAGAAAGAAGUGACGAUUCAAUGGUGACUUGUGGCCGCUGUAAAAAAGAAAUGACUUUUAAUGAAUAUCGUACUAAGCACUAUUCCAAACAUUUUAAUUUAUGUUGGAUUGAUGGAGAAGAAAUACUUGAUUUAGGAAACUAUGAUACCAUAUUAAAUAAAUUAAAACAAUUCAUACCUUUUAGCAUUGUACGUAAACGUGGAGUAAAGUUGUGUUGUGAAGAUUGUAAAACUGUUAAGAAAAGUCUUUCAGGAUUUGCGAGCCAUGUAAUAUUUUGCAAUAAAACUCCUGAUGACAUUACACAUUUGUUAACAAGGUGUGAAGACUGUGGAAAUAAAGUUAAACCAUCAUCAUUAAUAACUCACAAACUGAAAACGUGUAAAGGUGUGAUUAACAUAGAUAAUAGUAAUAAAACCAAUGACAAUUCUAAAAGAGUUAACAAAAUGCGCCGGAAAAGAAGGCCUCCAAACGUGUUAAGUUUUCAUCCAGAUACUAAAUAUAUUACUGAAUAUCAUGAUUUUAUGUGUCGUUUAUGUAAUUUUAUUACAAUAAAUGUCAAUGACAUUGUUGAUCAUAUUAUGAACGUUCAUGAUAUUGUUUUUAAUAAAAGAAAAGAUAGUUUAAACAAUUAUACUCUAAAUAAAUAUGAAGGGCACAGAAAUAUAUACUUAAAGCCUUUAUUAAAUUAUUAUAAUUUUUUCACAAAAACCUUUUGGAAGGAUGUUUGUCACAAAGAUUUUAAAUCUGAUGUUAUAGUCUUAACAAAUGAUGAAGCAUUAAAUUAUCUACCAUCUACUCAACAAUCUUGCAAGAUAUUUAGUUCAGAUGAUGAACAAAUUUGUGUUGAUCUUUUCAAGUCUGUUUAUGUCAAUGGUAUGCAUUGGCUGUUUACUGGUGGUCCUAAUUGGGCUAUGUCAUGGUGUCCUGUUCCAAAGGAAGUUCAAACACAGUAUUUGGCUGUAUCAUGUCAUCCUAAACCAGAUCUGGAGCAUAAAGAGAUGAAUAUUUAUCAAUAUUCGUCUCUUGUGCAGUUAUGGAGAUUCGAUUCUCUGACAAAUAUUAUUGAUGAAUCCGCCUUUUGUACACCACAUAUGUCUUAUGGUCUGGCUCAUGAUUAUGGUGCUGUCUGGGAUAUGGCAUGGUGCCCUUCUGGAGCUUAUGAACCUCCCCAAAAAAUAGGAUUGUUGGCGUUAAGUACAUCUUGUGGAGAUUGUCCUGUAUUUGCUAUGCCUUUUAUGGAUGAUAUCUCAGAAAUGUUUUACAUUUACAAAGCCAAGCAUAUAAUAGCAAGAAAUUUUGAAUGUGAAUGGAUUGAAGGUGGUGUACAAUGUACAAAAGUUUGUUGGCAGUCAGUUUCACCAUUCAAAACUCUUAUUUGUGGAUAUUCAAAUGGUGUUGUGAGUGUGUUCCAUAUAAAUUUGAAAUCAAUAUUCUUAAUUAAUGAUAUACUUUAUCCAAGCCAUACCUUCAUAGCAAGUAGAAGUUGUAUAACUGGUCUUUCUAUGAAUUAUUUUAAUGCUACAAUAUUGGCUACUUCGGCAACCGAUGGUAAUGUAACUCUAUGGGAUUUAAAGUCUACUGAAAAUCCUAUCUUUCAAAAGAAAUCUCACUGUCCAUCUGAUUGUACUUGGCUACAGCAGUGUUACACAUUGGUGUAUUGUAGUAAAGUUGUGAAUCCCGUAUUCUCAAAAGUUCGGACUAUUAAUUUUUCAAGUUGUGACGAUGAUCUUGAUGGUUAUAAUCCCGAGUUAUAUGUUCUAAAAAGUGUAAUUAAUAGAAACAAAAUACUUGGUAACUGUGAUGAAGUAAAGAACGAUGAAAAAAUUAAUUGUGAUGACACUGAUGAAAACAAAACUCUUAAUGAAUCCAAUAUAAGCGGUGAUGGUGAAUCAUAUAAAUCUGAUAAUUCAAGUGCAAAUAGUGAUCAAGAUAAAUCAUAUAGUGCAGGAAAAUCUGGAGAUUUACUAAAAAACAUUGAUGAGGAAGAUUUUUAUGGUCCUGCUUUUUAUCAAAAGAGUACUCAUUGGUCUGUUUCUACUUCGGAUUGGAUGAAUGUCAUAGCUACUGGAAAUGAAAAUGGAGUUAUUUAUGAAAAACUGUUUCUAUCAGAAACCAAUAAUAUAGGAAAAGGAAACUCUACAGUACUUCAAUUGAUGGUAAGACAAUUAUUAUCAAAUGAUAAUACUCAAUCAGAGUAUUCUGAUGGUUACCAUUUUAAUGAAACCGUUAAAAAAUUUGGACUUGAAUCUAAAUUUUUUUUUUUAAAUGAAAAGAAUUCGAAUGACCAAGAUGACAGCAAACCUUUGUUAAGAUACCCUCUUGACAAUAUAACUAAGGUAUCUUGGAACCAGAAUUUUAAUUCUUUUCGUUGGUUGGCGAUUGGAACUCAAAGUGGUUUUACUCUUAUUUCACCAUCUCAAGCAAUACCUGAUAGUUGUAUAGAUUCGUUUUAUAAAACAAUUUAUGCCCCUAUGGAUAACUUUGAUGAUACGACUGAUAUUUCUAUGUAAUUUUAUUUUUAACUAAAUAUUAAUUUAUGGUUCAACAUUAAGAAAUACCAUUCUUAAUAAUUGUAUUUUAUUAAAAUAUAAUUAAUUAAAAUGUAUCUUAUCUAAUUUGACGUGUAAAAUGAAGGCACCGGUGUAAUAACCUGAUAAGUCUACUUAUUUUUUUGUAAAAAUAUUAUACUUGACAUUUUUUUUUUUUCAUUAAACUAUCCUAACGGUUCUA